AUGGUUGUGCUGAAAUCUUCUAUUGGAGAUAUUAAAGAGAGAGGAGAGGGAGUGACGGAAAACGACGUAGUCGACGAUGGUAAAGAUGGGCGAGAGCGAGAGGUUGAUUCGGAAUCUAGCGGAGAAGAAAUGGACACAUCACAGCCGGAGAAAUUGGAAGAGAGGCUUGGCAAGCGUCCACUGAUCGCGGAGAAGUCGACGUCCGAUACGGAAGGUGAUGCGAGAGGGCGCCGAACUAUCGAGAGGAGUAGGAAGAAGCUGCACAAGGCCGGUGGGGCUGACCCGAUAAACGCUUUGGAAAUCAUCGCAAAAAAAUCGCAGGAGCGAGGAGGUAAAUUACGAGAGCGAUCUGGUGCAAACAACAGAUCGCGCAGUCGGGUAGAUGAUGGUAAUAAAUCUGUCAAGUGA